AUGGUGCCGCGGGCGUCGCAGGCCGUGGCUGCAGCGCGGCCUCAGCCUGCAGCUCGCGCGAGCGCCCGCGGCCCCUCACCUGGCGCAGGGCGCAGGGCGCAGGGCGCACAGAGCCGGACGCAGGGGACCCGGGGGGCUCGGCCGCCUGCGCGCGGGGCGGGGCUCUUUGUCUCGGCGGCCGGGGGCGCCGCGCGCGUCUGUGCCCGGGCCUGGCGCCUGGCGCGCCGUCCCCGCCUCCCGCGCGCGGGCCCGGGGCUCGGGGUCCGCGCCUCCCGGCCGCUCCCGACCCGCGCCCCUCCGGCCCGGGGUCCCCUCCUGCUCCUCGCCCCUCCGGCCCUGGGUCCCCUCCUGCUCCUCAGCCCUCCGGCCUGGGGCCCUGCACUGGCCUCUGAGAUCGUGGGCGGCCGGUCAGCUCGGCCCCAUGCCUGGCCCUUCAUGGUGUCCCUGCAGCGUCGGGGCGGCCACUUCUGCGGGGCCACCCUGAUCGCCCCCAACUUCGUGCUGUCGGCUGCACACUGCAUGAACGGCGUGAACUUCCGGUCGGUGCAGGUGGUGCUGGGUGCCCACAACUUGAAGCGGCGAGAACGCACGCGACAGACCUUCGCCAUCCAGCGCGUCUUCGAGAACGGCUUCGACCCCAUAUUCCUGCUGAAUGACAUCGUGGUCCUGCAGCUCAACGGGUCGGCAACCAUUAACAAGAACGUGCAGGUGGCCCAGCUGCCGGCCCAGGGCGACGGCGUGGGCAACGGCGCACGGUGCCUGGUCAUCGGCUGGGGCCGGCUGGGCACGCACCGGCGGCUGUCCCGCGUCCUGCAGCAGCUGAAUGUGACCGUGGUGACCUCGCUGUGCCGCAGCAGUAACGUGUGCACGCUGGUGCGGCGCCGGCAGGCUGGCAUCUGCUUUGGGGACUCCGGUGGACCCCUGAUCUGCAAUGGGCUGGUGCAGGGCGUCGACUCCUUCGUACGUGGCGGCUGCGCCUCAGGGGUCUACCCCGACGGCUUCGCCCCGGUGGCACAGUUCUCCGACUGGGUCAACUCCAUCAUCCAUGCCAGGGACCUCAUGGACAGGCCCCGCUGAGCCCCCGCGUGGCUGCUGCCCCCUCCCAAGUGCUUGACACAAUAAAAGCCCCCCUUG